UUCGCAGCACCGCCCGCAUAGGAAGGAAGGCACGAAAGCGUGACUAAAGGGCAGAGAAAACAAGCGUUGGAGAAACCUCCCUCGCUCCUUCCUUUGGAGAACGGGAUCAGCUGCCAACGCCUCUCUGCUGAAUGCAACCCGUUCUCCGCCACCCUAAUCUAAUAAAUCCAUCUUUCUGGUAGGUUUUCUUCAGCGAUUUCUACGGCUAGACUUCCAUUGUCUCGAUUAAUUGCUCUCUCGUGGGUGUUGUUCAUUUGGUCUUUUGAUGUGUCUGGGCAUUCUUUUAUACUAAGUUUCAAAAAUUGUCCAUUAUUUGAUUCAGGAGUUUGUGACUAGAGUUUUGGAUUUGGAGGAUUUUUAUUCAGAUUGAUGGGAUUUUAACCUGAAGUUCUGGCUCAAUUUGAAUUUGUUUCUUUGAUAAUAUUGUAAUUUUGAGCUGGUUUUGGUUAAAAAAUCAUGGGCCAAUUGCAGAAUUGAAAGGAUUUGCAUCGGUUUUGAUUUCUGUAUAUCUGUGGAUGUAUCUGGUUAUUAUUGAAGAGGACGAACGGCUUGUGAACUUGCCCAAUUCAUAUCUGGGUGUUCUCUGGCCAUUGAAUCUACCAUUUGAACAGAAGGCCUUUUCAUUUUGUAUCCCUAGAGAUAGAUGGGAUAAGGAGUUUUUCAAGCUGCAGGGUGGCUAAUUGUUAUUUGUUGAAUUCACAAAGUCUUAUACUAUUAGAAUUUGGAUUGAACUGGAAUUGUUGAUUGGGUUCUUCUCAAGGAUCUACAUUGUCUGCUAAUAUGGCAGAUUUGGUCGAUGGGUCAUCCACUCGCAGACAGAUCUCAUACAUUGAUACUAUGCCUGUUUAUGUUAAGGAGCUCAUUGCUGGUGGAGCCGCUGGAGGAUUCGCCAAAACUGCUAUUGCGCCUCUUGAAAGGAUUAAAAUUCUUUUGCAGACAAGAACUGUAGGAUUUCAAUCUCUCGGGGUGUUUCAGUCACUGAAGAAAUUAUUAAAGCAUGAGGGAGUUCCCGGAUUUUAUAAGGGAAAUGGCGCUAGUGUUAUUCGGAUUGUUCCCUAUGCAGCCUUGCAUUUCAUGACAUAUGAGCAGUAUCGUUGUUGGAUUUUGAAUAACUGUCCUGCUCUAGGUUCAGGACCUGUUGUAGAUUUGUUAGCUGGUUCAGUGGCUGGAGGAACAGCAGUGAUGUGCACAUAUCCCUUAGAUUUGGCUCGCACUAAGCUUGCUUAUCAGGUCUUGGACAAAAGAGGAAGUUUCAGUAGUGGCAUGAAAAGUAUGUGUUCUCAACCCUCUUAUGGUGGCCUAAAAGAUGUUCUUACAAGCGUCUACAAGGAAGGGGGAAUGCGUGGCCUGUAUCGAGGAGUAGGUCCUACACUCAUUGGGAUCCUUCCUUACGCUGGUUUGAAGUUCUAUGUCUAUGAGGAACUUAAGAGGCAUGUUCCUGAAGAGCACCAGAAGUCCAUUGUGAUGCGGCUUUCAUGUGGAGCUCUAGCUGGGUUACUCGGGCAGACCUUCACAUACCCAUUAGACGUUGUUAGGAGACAGAUGCAGGUUGAAAAUCUGCAACCUUCAAGUCAAGGUCAUGUUAGAUACAGGAGCACGAUGGACGGGCUAUGCACUAUAGUCCGCAAUCAAGGAUGGAGACAGUUGUUUGCAGGACUGAGCAUUAAUUAUAUCAAGAUUGUUCCCUCUGUGGCAAUCGGCUUUACUGCAUAUGACAUGAUGAAAGUAUGGCUUCGAAUUCCACCUCGACAGAAAUCCCAAUCAAUAUCAACUGGAUAAAUCUCAAACUGAACCAGUUAACAAGCACAACAACUCAGAAAUACAGCUCAUAUACUUUUAAUAAUACUUCAAUCUUUUGCAAUUUCAGAAUGGCUCAAACGUUUGGCAUUAAAAGUUCCAAGUUUUCUAUUUAGGGUUUAUGCCCAUUACAGUUAUGUACUAAAGAUUAUCAAAUUGUUUGCUAUGUUCUGUUUUUGCGUUUGCUAAUCAAAUUAAAUUUGUUAAAAAAAAAAAAAAGAACAUUUCAUUUUCAUUAUUCAAUGCGAAGUGAUAAACAUUGACUGGGUCUGACUGCA